UUUUGAAGAGAGAGAGAGAGAGAGAGAGAGAGAGAGAGAGAGAGAGAGAGUGGUAAUCCAACGUAAGAAAGCAGAGAGCCACCACAACAAACAGACACUGCAACUUUACAACAAAACUCUGCACAAACAAACUCUGCUCAACUUCUCAUAUAUUCUGCUCUCAUCUCACCUCCUGCUUAUAAUCUCUCUCUCUCUCUCACCAUGUUUUUCUGGAAAGUCUUUUAAUUACUCUGCCCCCAAUCCUGGAAUUUUAUGAAAUUUCUGAAAUCAAAGGUUUUGGCUCAAAAUCUGAAGGCCGUUUCUGCUGAAGUUGGACGGGUGAAUACCAAUGUAUAUUUCCGAAUUUGGUACCACCAUGUGAAAGUAGUUAUCAACAAUUUGGAAUCACCUGCACUUCUUGGGAUGAUUUGAUUGCUUUCUACCAACACCCCUAUAUCUCUUUUGCACAUAAAGGACAGAACUUGAGGUUGAUUGAAGAAGUAGUGACUUAAAUGGCUAGAGUUUGUUCGCCAUACUUUGAUCCUGAGUAUGAGAACCUGAGCACAAGAAUCAAUCCCCCGAGGGUCUCCAUAGACAACUCUAGCUGCAGUGACUGUACUAUAGUCAAGUGAACAUAUAUUCCAGCCAUCAUGUUGAAAUUGGUGUGGGGGAUAUGAAAUUAUGUGUAGGUUGACAGUGUCAACAAACCGGGAAUUCUGCUUGAAGUCGUGCAAAUCUUGACAGACCUUGACCUCAUAAUCACCAAAGCCUAUAUCUCCUCUGAUGGUGGAUGGUUUAUGGAUGUAUUUCACGUCACCGAUCAGCAAGGAAAAAAAGUUACAGACAGUAAAACCAUCGACUACAUAGAGAAGGCUUUAGGACCAAAGGGCCAUAUCACAGACCUGCUGAAUGCUUGUCCAGGAAAAGGGGUUGGAGUGCACUCGGUCGGGGAUCAUACGGCCAUUGAGAUAAUUGGCAGAGACCGACCAGGUCUCUUAUCUGAGAUCUCUGCUGUCCUUGCCAACCUUCACUUUAAUGUAAUUGCUGCCGAAGUAUGGACACACAAUGGACGAAUAGCUUGUGUUGUGUAUGUCAAUGAUGACACUACAUGCCAACCUGUGGAGGAUCAAGCCAGGUUAUCCACAAUGGAGGAGCAGCUCAAGAACAUCCUUCGUGGGUGUGAGGACGAUGAGAAAGUUGGUCGCACUAGCUUCUCUAUGGGGUUCACCCAUGUUGAUAGGCGGCUCCACCAGAUGUUGUUUGCUGAUAGGGAUUAUGAGGGUGGUGGACUGGCAAAUGAAGUUGAUCAUUUUCCUCCCUGCUUCCAACCAAAGAUCACCAUUGAGCGUUGUGAAGAAAAGGGGUACUCGGUGGUUAGUGUGCGGUGCAAGGACCGUGCAAAGCUCAUGUUUGACAUCGUAUGCACACUCACAGAUAUGCAGUAUGUUGUUUUCCAUGCCACCAUCUCAUCUGAUGGCCCAUACGCAUCACAGGAGUAUUUUAUCCGUCACAUGGAUGGUUACACCCUCGAUACUGAAGGAGAAAAGGAAAGGGCCAUCAAAUGUAUUGAUGCUGCAAUUCGAAGAAGAGUAAGCGAGGGUCUAAGGCUAGAGCUGUGUGCUAAGGAUAGAGUAGGCUUGCUUUCUGAAGUAACAAGGAUCCUGAGAGAGCAUGGAUUGUCAGUUACAAGAGCAGGCGUCACAACAAUUGGGGAGCAAGCAAUGAAUAUCUUUUAUGUUAGAGAUUCUUCAGGGAAUUCUGUGGACAUAAAGACAAUCGAAGCACUUCGUAAAGAAAUCGGACACACAAUGAUAUUCAAUGUGAAGAAAGUCCCAACAAGUUCUGCUGAGGUGCCUGAGACUAAAGGAUGGGCCAAGACAAGCUUCUUCUUUGGGAACUUGCUAGAGAGGUUCUUGGCUUGACAAGAGGUAUGAAUAUUGUAAGGUACAUUGAAAAUGUACAGAAGAAUAAAUCUGUUCAGGAAGUUAUCUGGACAGACUUUCUGCUUUUGUACUCUUUGUAUAAUAUGUAUGCAUGUAAGUUUGUAACUUUUGGACUUUGCACAACACUCUCUUUUUACUUCUUUUUGACAUUUGAUCCUUAUCUUGAUUAGUCUUAUGAUUAUGCUUCCCAAAUGCCUCUUUGAUA